UCGGGACUGUCCAGAAUUUUAAAGGGUGCCUCGGGACUGUCCAAAAUUUUAAAGGGUGCCUCGGGACUGUCCAGAAUUUUAAAGGGUGCCUCGGGACUGUCCAGAAUUUUAAAGGGCGCCUCAAGACUGUCCAGAAUUUUAAAGGGGUGCCUCAAGACUGUCCAUAAUUUUAAAGGGUGCCUCGGGACUGUCCAUAAUUUUAAAGGGUGCCUCGGGACUGUCCAUAAUUUUAAAGGGGGCCUCAGGACUGCCCAUAAUUUUAUAGGGUGCCUCAAGACUGUCCAUAAUUUUAAAGGGUGCCUCGGGACUGCCCAUAAUUUUAAAGGGUGCCUCAAGACUGUCCAGAAUUUUAAAGGGUGCCUCGGGACUGUCCAGAAUUUUAAAGGGCUCCUCAAAACUGUCCAGAAUUUUAAAGGGUGCCUCAAGACUGUCCAUAAUUUUAAAGGGUGCCUU